AUGGGAAUAGACAUCUACUACACCGUCAUGAGCCCGCCGGCUCGAGCCGUGGCCAUCCUCGCAAAGCACCUCAAGAUUGAGGCCAAUCUCAAGAACAUCAACCUCCAGGCCGGCGAAACGAGGACGCCCGAGUACCUGAAGCUGAACCCCAGCCACACUGUGCCCACCAUUGUGGACAACGGCUUUGCCCUCUUUGAAAGUCGAGCCAUUCUCCAAUAUCUGGCCAACAAGUACGCCGCCGGAAGUCCGAUCUACCCGAGCGACCCAGUGGCACGGGCCAACGUUGAUAAGGUCCUCUUCUAUGAUGCUUCGGCCUACUGGCCAGCCAUGCGAGCUGCCUUUAUCCCCAAAUUCCGCCUGAAGACCGAGCCCUCUCAGGAAGUGCUUGACGAGCUGAAGGAGAAGAUUCAGAUUCUGGAGACGAUUCUCGGUGAUCAGCAGUUCUUUGCCGGUGAUCACGUGACCAUUGCCGACAUUUCCCUUGGAGUUGAGGUGCCCUUCAUCAAGAUGAUCCUCGGUCCGGCGUCAGAGGCUGAUGCCAGCAAGUCCAAGCUGAAAGCCUGGUACGAGCGACUGAGCAAGGCCGUUCCAGAGCUGGCCGAACUUAAUGGCGAGGCGAAGAAGCUCUACGAGGAGGUGUUCGGAGCAGAGUUGAAGAAUGUGGCCAUCCUCGGCAAACACCUCAAAAUUGAGAUCAACUACAAGGACAUCAACGUUCAUGCUGGUGAAACAAAAACCCCCGAAUACCUGAAGCUGAACCCUAGUCACACUGUUCCCACGCUGGUUGACAACGGCUUUGCCCUCUUUGAAAGUCGAGCCAUUCUCCAAUACCUGGCUAACAAGUACGCCGCCGGAAAUUCCAUCUACCCGAGCGACCCAGUGGCACGGGCCCAGGUUGAUAAGGUGCUCUUCUACGAUGCCUCGGGUUUCUUUCCUGCCAUGCGAGCUGCCAUUUUCCGCCUGAAGACUGAGCCCUCGAAGGAGGUAAUUGACGAGCUGAAGGAGAAGAUUCAGAUUCUGGAGGCGAUUCUCGGUGAUCAGCAGUUCUUCGCCGGUGAUCAUGUGACCAUUGCCGACAUUUCACUCGGCGUUGAGGUGCCCUUCCUCAAGAUGGUCCUCGACCCGGCGUCCACUUCCGAGGCAAGUCCCAAGCUGAAGGCCUGGUACGAGCGACUGAGCAAGGCCGUUCCAGCGCUGGCCGAACUUAAUGGCGAAGCCAAGAAGCUCUACCAGGAGCGAUUUGAGGCAGAGUCGAAGAAGUAA